AUGUGAGAUGGGUGACGCUGUCUGUUAAUAAACUUAAUUAGAGAGCGGGUUCUUUAAAUUACUGAAUAGUUAGGGUGGGAAGGGAACUCUGGAGAUCAUUCGGUCCAACCCCCCCCUGCCAAGGCAGCGUCACCCGAGCUGGUGACACAGCGACGCGUCCAGAGGGAUUUGGAAUGUUUCCAGAGAGGGACACUCUACGACUUCCCGGGGGAGCCUGCAGCAAUUCACCUGGCUCUUGGCAAGACAUCUGAUACUGCACCAGUGAAACACUGUCCUGCAGCGAUACCUACAUAAAAAGCUGGCUGUAAUAAGUUAAGCUUUUAAAAAACUGUUAUUCCUGAAUCCUGAAGAUGGAUUUUCAGUUUAAUUUUGCUGUUGAUGAAAAUGAGAACGGUGAGACAGAUGCUGAUUUCUUACUGCUGUGCUCUCCAAAAGACAAGCAGGAAUCCAGAGAAAAGAGCAGGGAAGCUGCCGAUCCUGCAGCAGACUCUAGCCCGAAGCUGGCUGCUGCUAAGCACCAGGAUGAGGCAGCUUCGAAGAAAAAACUCUGUGUGAAAGCUGCCAAGGAGCACAGCAUUCCCGAAGGUCUCAAUAAAGUAUUGGAAAAUAAAGUCAUGGAGACAGUAUUGGACCUGUCUUACGUAAAGCUGUCCGUAGUGGAAAUGACGUGUUCGGGUGAUGCUGACAGCGAAGGCAUCGUGUCCAAAAGUGUUUCUUCUCACUCUGAUCUCAUCCCAGGAGUCUAUGAAGGAGGGCUGAAAAUUUGGGAAUGCACCUUUGAUCUCAUGGACUACUUUUCCGAGGCUGAAGUAGAAUUUACCAACAAGACUGUGCUGGAUCUUGGCUGCGGGGCUGGGCUGCUGGGAAUUGUUGCUUUGCGGGGUGAAGCUGCCAGAGUGCAUUUUCAGGACUACAACAGCACAGUGAUUGACCAAAUAACUUUACCUAAUGUGGUGGCCAAUUGUAUCAGUGAAGGCAGGAGGAUGGGCAGUGGGAAGGACACAAAAGCCAGCAAGCCUCCUUCAAAGAGGCCCAGGAAAGCAGCAGGCUCACCCGAUGUGCUCAACAGAUGCAGAUUUUUUUCUGGAGAGUGGUCUCAAGUCAGCCAGCUCCUGUUAGACAGCAACAAACCCUGCUCAAAGUAUGAUAUAAUUGUCACCUCUGAGACCAUCUAUAAUCCUGACUACUACAGUGCUCUGCAUGAUACACUGGCUCAGCUCUUGGACAGAAAUGGCUGUGUGUAUUUGGCAAGCAAAGUGCACUAUUUUGGAGUCGGUGGUGGUAUCUAUCUCUUUGAGAAAUUCAUUGAAGAGAAAAACGUGUUUAGAACCAGGAUGGUUAAAACAAUUGAUCAGGGCCUGCAGCGAUGCAUUAUGGAAAUCGCCUUCAAAAAUUCCUGUUAAAAUUAAACCACUAAUCCUCCAAAAAUAACUCAAAAAUGUUUUAAUCCUUAUGUCUCUGCUUUUUCCUCUGUAAUUCUGGUUUGACAAAUUAAGGACGCUGGUUGUGAAAUGUUUGACAAAUUCUGGUGUCUGAGUAGAAGUGGGGGACUUUUGUGAUGUUGACUAUGCAUAGACUUCUGCUUAAAGCAGCAUCUAUUUAUGAUAAUUAACAUAUAUAAAGAUGAAGCAAUCUUUAUAUUCUUUAAGCAAUUGUCUCCAGCCAGGCUUUCACGUUCUCUGUCAGCACCAGAACUGUGCAUCACAGGAAUGAGAUACAUGACAUGGAAAUGACAUGCAUGACAUAUUGUGGCUGAAUAAGGUAAGUUUAGCAUCCAAAAUCAGUCAAGGGUUGGGCAGGCUAACUGCAGCAGAUUUAGGAAGGGACCACACACCUCUGAGCUCUUCUGCUUUGCCAGCAGAGGGGGAUGUGAUUGUAUUUAUCACUCUGUUCUGUGUUCUACCCUGCUGGAGAUCUCAGAAAUCCAAGUAAUAUUUCCAUGUGUAAUGCACACAUGACUUAUUUAAGCCUUUUAAAGAGUGUCACAAUAUUAACUAUGGUGGUCUGUAAAUUUUCACAUUCAGAUUCUGUCACAGGCUAGGAAAAUUUUCAGCAAGGAAUUCAAAAAAGCCAUGCUGGUUUAGAAGCUGACUUAAACGAAUAUUCUACACAAGAUAAGCUCCUGCUACCAACCAAUAAGCCUACAAAUGAAAUACUGGGGAAUGAUAGAACUGAGCUUGAGGAGACAAUUGGGAAAGGAGAUAAACUGUGCUAUUACAGGAGUUUUAUAGAUUGCUGUAUUAUUUUAACAAAACUUUUCCAGAAAUUAAUUGCCCCAUUUUCAAAACUUGCUGGGGGUACUAGUGAACAUCCACACCUCUUCAAUCUUUCCACAGGACAGAAAGCACUCAGAAAAGCCUGCAAUACAAGGCACUUUCCUAGGCUGAAGAUAGUAAUGUUGCUGAAGAAAUUGCCUUAC